UAUCGCGCUGCCAAACGAGUAGGACGUGUUUUGAACUAAUUAACAUGAUAAGAAAUAGUAAAUACAUAUAUUCCGAUGAGGUGAUAGAUGUGCCUAGUCAUUUACACGCUGGGAGGUAUUUUAUAGAUUCUUUGCAUGCGUUUGGUGAUAGGGUAGCAUUGACAAAUGGGGAAAAACACACGAGCAUAACCUACGCUGAAAUAGUCCGCGACGCUAUGAGUAUAGCCGUCUCGCUCACACGCAUGGGAGUGAAGAGGGGGGAAACGGUGGGGGUCUGCAUGGAAACAAGGGUGGAGUAUUGGCCCAUUGUGAUUGGUGCAAGCUGCACGGGGGCUGCGAUAAAUCCAUUUAACAUUGGAUAUACUGCUGACGAGCUGAAGCACGUGUUGAAUAUUACAAAACCAAAAUACAUGAUAUGUUCAGAAAUCGCAUAUAAACUGCAUUCAGGAACCUUCAAAACGAUGCAGUUCAUUGAAACAACCAUAACCAUUGGUGGAUCUGGCCAAACAACAUACGAAGAUCUGCUAAAGAACGAAAUUAAUUAUGCUGACUUUGAUGUGGUGGAUGUUGAUGGGAAAAAUGAUAGUCUAUUUGUUUUAUUUUCAUCCGGCACCACGGGACUUCCGAAGGGAGUUAUGCAGACACAUCUGAACGUCAUUUCUAUAUGUAGUUUAAAGAAUGCUCUAAACACAAACGACAGGACGCUUUUCAUCACACCAUGGUAUCACACCAUGGGUCUGUUGGGUGUGCUGAGGUACCUUCAAACCGGCUGUGACAUGGUCUUCCUCCCGAAGUAUGAAACCAACCUGUACUUGCGGACUAUAGAGCGGUAUAAGAUAAAGCAGCUUUUACUCGCGCCUCCAGUUUUGGUAGCGACAUCAAAAUCAAAGGCUAAAUACGAUGUUAGUUCUGUGAUAUUCAUUUAUUCCGGUGCGGCGCCCCUGCGCAAGGACACCAUAGAGGACGCGAAGAAAAAAUUUAUCAACCUGAAAGCAGUAACUCAGGGCUAUGGGAUGACAGAGACAACGCUGGCCAUCAUCAGGGACACAUAUGAAAAGGCGCACUUGGCUAAACCAGGGGGUGUUGGUUUUGUAGUUAGCGGCUGUGUUGUUAAGGUGAUCGACAUAGAGACGGGGAAGGUAUUAGGCCCGAAUGAGCCUGGUGAAAUAAGGGUCAAAGGUCCAGCAGUGAUGAAGGGUUACAUUGGUAAGGAUAUAAGUGAGGAUUUCGAUGAAGAGGGCUUCUAUAAAACCGGUGAUAUCGGGUACUAUGAUGAUGACAAAUACUUCUUUAUUGUGGAUAGGUUGAAGGAACUCAUCAAGUACAAAGGGUAUCAAGUGCCACCAGCAGAAAUAGAGGCAGUGUUACUCCAACACCCCGCAAUAUUAGACGCGGGUGUGGCGGGUGUACCACACCCGGCAGGCGAGUUGCCGCGAGCUUUCGUUGUCCUGCAACCCGGGGCGAGUGUUAGUGAAGCUGAUAUACAUGGAUUUAUUGCUGAGAAGUUAUCCGACCCGAAACACUUGCGUGGUGGCAUCCGUUUCGUGAAUGAAAUACCCAAGAACCCCAGCGGCAAGAUCUUACGGAGGAAGUUAAAAGAAAUGGUGUUGGAAAGAAGCAAACUAUAGUAUUAAAUGUUAAAUAUAAUACCUACUGGG